AUGAAUCAUAUUAACGAAUAAAGUCAAUAAUCUUCAAGUGAAAAAUGUAUUGUCAAAAGAAAAUUAAUAAAUUAUUAGAGAAACAUAAGAGUUAUAUUCAAUCCAUUUAAUUGGGAAAGAAAAUCUUCAGAAUAUUAGUAAAAUAGAAAUUUUUCAUAAAGUAUAAGAGCUUCAAAAUUUUAAGGGAAAACUUUCUUCCAGAGAAAAGCAUAAGUCGGUGUCUUAAAUAGAAGAUUCUCUUCAAGAUCGUAGGAUUAGAUUUGA